AUGCAGGUUCCAUCGACAUCGGAUUGUGUGGCUACUUUUAAGCUUAUCCUUGUUGGUGACGGUGGGACAGGCAAAACAACAUUUGUAAAACGUCAUUUAACGGGGGAAUUUGAAAAGCGAUAUGUGGCGACAGUGGGUGUGGAUGUACAUCCGUUGACAUUUCAUACAAACCGUGGUAAAAUUUGCUUUAAUUGCUGGGAUACAGCAGGACAAGAGAAAUUUGGUGGUUUACGUGAUGGGUAUUACAUUGAAGGUCAAUGUGCUAUUAUCAUGUUUGAUGUAACCAGUCGAAAUACUUAUAAGAAUGUUCCAAACUGGCAUCGAGAUAUUACACGUGUAUGUGAUAAUAUCCCUAUCGUAUUGGUAGGUAACAAAGUAGAUUGUGCAGACCGUCAAGUAAAGGCAAAAAUGAUAACUUUCCACCGAAAGAAAGGUUUACAGUAUUAUGAUAUCUCUGCCAAAUCUAACUAUAACUUUGAGAAACCAUUUUUAUGGUUGGCAAAGAAAUUGGCGAAUGAUCCAAAUCUUACACUUGUGGAAGCACCUUUGCUUGACCCUAACGUACAACCACUUUCGGCGGAACAACUUCAAGCCUUACAAGAGGAGGCACGCGCUGUUGAAAAUGCGCCUUUGCCUAUGGGUGACGACGAAUAA